AUGCUGUUUAGUCAGGAACCGUCGGGCGCAACGCUGCUGGGCCUUUCAGCCCUAGCCGGCCUCGUGUUUCAUCAUGCAUAUGCUAGACGGGUCGAAAUAGACUUUUACGUCUGGAGUCUGCUUGGCCUUGCAGCAGUGCAGGGCCUAGUCAUCGUCUUGUGGGCGGUCAAUAUCUGGCAGGUUCCCUUUCCGGCAGCCUUAUAUAUCCUUGUCAAGUGCAUGCUGUCUUUCUCAGCCAGCCUUGUGAGCUCCAUCCUGAUAUACCGUGGCUAUUUUCAUCGAACGGGGAAGUUUCCCGGCCCAGUGGCUGCGCGCUUCAGCUCGCUGUGGACCGUCAGGAAGAGCUCGGGCGAGUUCAAGUUUCAUCAGCGCCUCAGCGAUGUGCAUAGUCAAUAUGGGGAUUUUGUGCGUAUCGGGCCGCGACUUGUAUCCAUCACACGAGCGGAAGCUCUGCCUCAACUGAUGGCACUCGGGAAAGGCGUUUGGUGGUCACACACGGGAAGCGACCACACAAAACAGAGCUUCUCGCUCUCUCGUGUACCGGAAGAUCAUAAACAAAGACGCCGACCUUGGGAGCUGGGAUUCAGCGAGCGAUCGAUCGAGAGGUUCGAUCCCGACGUCCAGGAAAUCAUCGGGAUAUUCUUACAGCAGGCCGAGGAGCAGGAAGUCGUGAGUGUACCCGCCGCGAUGGGGAGACUCUCGUUCGACAUCACCGGACUAGUGGGGUUUGGCCGCUCCUUCGAGAGCUCGUCUCGACAAGUGGCGCAUCCCGGUCUGGUUGCCAUGCGGAAAGCUCAUUACGUGCUUGGAAGCUUACGGUGGAUGCCGUGGCUCAUGUACUUCCUCAGCAAGCUACCUGGCGGCGGGAGUGAUUUCGUCCCCUUCCUCGACCUUUGUGCGGGUGUUGUACACGACAGGCAGGCCCGGUAUCGGGCAGAAAAGGCAUCUGGAAUUGACGGCGACGAGGAUCGUAAAGAUGUCAUGGCGCAUGUCCUAGAGGCCAUGGAUGAAGGUGGACCCGGUGCCAACUCUACGGCGGAGGCAUUGGAGAACGAUAGCCGCGCUAUGAUCGCGGCAGCAACAGAUACGACGCAAAGCGCGCUUGCGAACGCACUAUGGUUCCUGGCUGCAGAGCCAGCCCUGCUUCAGAGGUUCCAGAAAGUUCUCGACAAGGUUUUCCCUGGAGGUGCUGACUCUUUCACCUAUGCAAAGCUUAUCGGUAAUAAUGAAACACUGGAAUGGGUUGAUGCCAUAAUACAUGAGACCCUCCGCUUGCGCCCAUCUGGCAUCAGUGGGAAUCCUCGUGUCACUAACCCGGAAGGGCUGCUUAUUCCAGAAUCCGAAUUUGGACCGGAAGUGUUCAUACCCGGAGAUGUCGAUGUGCUGGCGCCGACAUGGGUGAUACAUCGCGAUGAAAGAUGGUUUGCGCGCCCCCUGGAGUUUCUCCCAGAACGGUGGUUGCAAGGAUCUACCAUACAUACUGACAGAAAUGGCUUUUUCCCAUUCAAUAUUGGUAAACAUGCAUGUGUUGGGAAGACGUUGGCUAUGCGGGAAAUGAGAAGCUUGGUAGCGAGGGUUGCGCUGAGCUUCGAUCUUCAAUUUGCAGAAGGAGACGAUUGGCAGUCGUACGAGCAGAAGAUCCAGGACGCUUUCACACUAGCUUCGCCGCCCUUUAGACUGAUGUUUCAGAAGAGAAGUAGGACAGUGUGA